AUGGCUGCAGUGGACAAGGAUGUGGCUGAGAAGUUUUUGGAUAGCAAUCCAACAUUUGCCAAGGAGUAUUAUGACUCCAGGUUCCGGGCGCAGGUCGUCUCCGACCUCCUGUCGACCACCAAGAAAACAGAAGUGAACAUGAGCGCUUACCAUGAGCUGAGCUCCAUCGAGGAGUGCGAGAUCAUUUUCGAUAUGGUGCGGGACAUGCAGGAAAACCUGCAGAUGGAGAGGGCCGUGUUCAACCUCAUGCGGCAUCUCUCCUUCAUGAUGCGAGCAGACCGCAUGAGUCUCUUCAUGUACCGCCAGAGGAACGGCAUAGCCGAACUGGCCACGCGUCUCUUCAAUGUCCAUAAAGAUGCCACGCUGGAGGAGUGUCUGGUGCCACCGGACAGUGAGAUUGUGUACCCGCUGGACACAGGCAUUGUGGGCCAUGUGGCCACUGUCAAGAAGACCAUCAAUGUACAUGAUGUCACGCAGGACAGCCACUUCAGUGACUUUGUAGACACCCUGACAGAGUACGAGACCAAGAAUGUGCUUGCGACUCCCAUUAUGAACGGCAAAGACAUGGUGGCUGUCAUGAUGGCGGUCAACAAGAUUGGUGCUCCUCAUUUCACUGCUCAGGAUGAAGAGACGCUGAAGAAAUAUCUCAACUUUGCCAAUCUUGUGCUUCGAGUGUUUCACCUGAGUUACCUGCACAACUGUGAAACCAGAAGGGGACAGGUGUUGCUCUGGUCUGCCAGCAAGGUGUUUGAGGAGUUGACUGACAUUGAGAGACAGUUCCACAAGGCCCUCUAUACAGUCCGAGCUUUCCUCAACUGUGACCGCUACUCUGUGGGCCUCCUCGACAUGACCAAAACUAAAGAGUUCUUUGAUCUUUGGCCUGUCCUAAUGGGAGAGGUGCCCCCGUAUAGCGGACCAAAGACACCUGAUGGCAGAGAAGUGAUUUUCUACAAAGUGAUUGAUUACAUAUUGCAUGGAAAGGAGGACAUCAAAGUAAUUCCUAACCCUCCUGCUGACCACUGGGCAUUAAUAAGUGGGCUUCCCACCUACGUUGCAGAGAACGGCCUGAUCUGUAAUAUCAUGAACGCUGCUCAAGACGAGUUCUUUGAGUUUCAAAAAGAACCUCUGGAUGAAUCUGGAUGGACAAUAAAGAAUGUGCUCUCUUUGCCCAUCGUGAACAAGAAAGAGGAAAUCGUUGGCGUGGCCACAUUCUAUAACAGGAAAGAUGGAAAGCCUUUUGAUGAAAUGGACGAAACACUAAUGGAGUCACUCACUCAGUUCCUGGGCUGGUCUGUGCUGAAUACAGACACUUAUGACAGGAUGAACAAGCUGGAAAAUCGCAAGGACAUCUUUCAGGACAUGGUCAUGUACCAUGUCAAAUGCAGAAAGGAUGAGAUUCAGAAUGUCUUGAACACACGCGAGGUGUACGAUAAAGAGCCUGAUGAAUGUGACGAGGACGAGCUGGAGGAUAUUCUGUGUGAAACGCUGCCAGACUCAGAGGACUCCGAGAUCUUUGAGUUUCACUUCUGCGACUUUGAGUUCACUGAGCUGGACCUAGUGAAGUGUGGCAUCAAGAUGUACUAUGAGCUGGGUGUGGUAGACAAGUUCCAUAUUCCACGUGAGACCCUGGUGCGCUUUGUGUACUCAGUCAGUAAAGGUUACAGGAAGAUCACCUACCACAACUGGAGGCAUGGCUUCAACGUUGGCCAGACCAUGUUUACACUCCUCAUGACAGGUGACCUGAAGCGCUACUAUACAGACCUGGAGACGAUGGCGAUGGUGACCGCUGGGCUCUGUCAUGAUAUUGACCACCGCGGAACUAACAAUCUCUACCAGAUGAAGUCUGGCAAUCCACUGGCAAAGCUGCAUGGUUCCUCCAUUCUCGAGAGGCACCAUCUGGACUUUGGAAAAACUCUUCUUAGAGAUGAGGCCUUAAAUAUCUACCAGAAUCUGAACCGAAGACAGCACGAAUUGGUCAUCCAUUUGAUGGACAUAGCUAUCAUCGCAACAGACUUGGCCUUGUAUUUCAAGAAAAGGACCAUGUUUCAGAAGAUUGUGGAUCAAUCCAAGACCUACGAGAGCUGGGACGCUUGGACCAAAUACAUGAUGAUAGAAACAACUCGGAAAGAGAUUGUCAUGGCUAUGAUGAUGACUGCCUGUGAUUUGUCAGCCAUUGCCAAGCCGUGGGAGAUUCAGAGCAAGGUGGCGCUGUCUGUUGCUGCUGAAUUCUGGGAGCAGGGUGACCUGGAGAGGACAGUGCUGGAGCAGCAGCCCAUUCCCAUGAUGGACCGGAACAAAGCGGACGAUCUUCCCAAACUGCAGUGUGGUUUUAUCGAUUUCGUCUGUGCUUUCGUUUACAAGGAGUUCUCUCGCUUCCAUGUGCAGAUCACGCCCAUGCUAGAGCGUCUGCUGAACAACAGGAAAGAGUGGAACGCUUUAAAGGAAAUACAUGAGGCCAAGCUAGCAAUGCUGGAAGAGGCCAAAAAAGCUAAAGAGGAAGCAAAUGCUACGACAUCAGCUGCCAAACAAGAAAGCGCAGCCCAAUCCUCAUCUCAGUCCAAGACCUGUGUAAUUUCCUAGACUGCGGAAAAACAAACAAUACAAAUGUAUGUCAAUGUACCCAUCAUUUGGGCCACUUUUAUUAUUUCUCUCUGCAGGAAGUCCUUUGGCAAAUAUUUACACUAGUCUUGAGCUUAAAGCUAAAGAAAACCCUUUAGUGCAGAUAACAGACUAUUGCAACAUUUCCCACACCAGGUUAAUGUCAUCAACAGUUUUUUUUUAAAGCUAUAAUUAUGAAACUUUAGUGAAUAUUUGCUGAAACUGUACAGAAUAGAAUUCAUGCAUACUAAAUAACAUGUAAAAGAGAGUAGUGUGAAUACACUUGGAAAGGCUGCAUUAUUUUUUUUUAAUUAAUAUGUAUAUGUAGAAAUGUAUAAAUAAAAGAUCAAAUGAGGAA